CGAUUUGGCGGCGCGCCUUCCUGAUUUCUCUAGCUCGCCGAGGCCGAGGCGCCGACGAAGGGCCUGGAUUGGAACAAGCCCAGCCACUACCGCAGCGAAGGAAACCGCCCCGGCGACGGCAUAGCCUACCUUUCUACACCCCGCGCUGCUGCGCUCCGGCGGUGAUUGGGUCGAGCCGAACAUGUCGGUGUCCGAUCUGCCCGACGAGCUGUGGGCGCGCGUCCUGGAGCUCGGCGCCGCCUCCGCCGCGCUGGGGUUCCGCGACCUCUGCUGCCUCGCCAUCGCCUCGCGCCGCCUCCGCCGCCUCUCCCUCCACCCCUCCCUCUGGUCGGGUCUCAUCUCCCGCGACUUCCCCUCCCAAUCCCAGCCCUCCUCCUCAUCCUCCUCUUCGCAGCAGCAGCAGCAGCUCGAUCCCAAAUCCCUCUACAGGACCAAGUUCGAGAGGCACAAGCUGCGGAUGGCGGAGGCCAGGCGGCGGGCGGUGUACGAGGCGGAGGGGCGGGUGCUGGCGUGCCGGAGGCGGCUGACGGAGCUGGAGGAGUCGAUGUGCGCCGAGGGGGAUAGGAUGAAGGCCACCGCGCAGGAGCUGGACAGCCUCGAGAGGGUCAGGAGUGCUUCGGUGGCAUUAAACGUGUGGCAACCACAAGUAGUUCAUGGGCGUCAGAAACAGUUGGUUCAGCAAUGCACCGUUCCUGUUGAUUCUCGUUUCAGUGCUCUACACAUGGAGCUGAAAGUUUGUAAGCAACAAAUAUCAACUUACAAGAAUGCUUACAACAAGGAGAAGCUCAAGCUGAAUGAGUACGAGGAAGCAUUGAGCCGAGCAAAAUAUCAUCCUAUGCAGAACAGUAAUCACACAAGCCCACCUGGUAAUGAACCACAAGCAAAGAGGAAGAGACUGAAAUGAAGGCAUCCUCAGUGCAGCAAGUGCCAAGAUAUUCGUUUGGGGGGAAAAGGGUGCUAAAUGCAUUGUGGAUUCUUCGUGGGUUCGUUUGUCUGCGCAUGUGUGUGCACAUGAUGUACGUGGCAUUGUUCCUUUCCAGGCAGAAUGAACGAAUGAAGCUCAGCUGAUCCCUUCCAAAUGCCGAAAGAAAAGAAUCCUAUCCUUUUCCUUUGGCGGCGGAAAGGCAAUUUCCCCACCAACUGGUGCCGAGAGAAUGUUAUUCUCAUCGAAUGUGCACCGCGCAGCCGCCAGCUACUCCGUGUGGACGCCAGCUAUUUUCAGAGCGGAAUAGUCCGGCCCUGGCGCUUGCUCCUCACGAAACUGUGGGGCGGUCAACUAUUCUACUACAGCAGAAGGUCGACUGGUCAGAUCGGAUUUCUUCAGCUGACCGUUGGUUUGUAGGGAGCGUGCUGUAUGAGACUGCUGGCCCGGUACUCUUCAUGUUAGCCGCCUUGCGUUUCGGGUUUGGACACGUCACGUGUGGGUUAAGUGCAACCCAUUCAUUUGUAUGCUGCUAUACUAGUACUAUAAGCGGUCAACUUACUCUUAGAAGCAUCCUCGUGCAUGACGAUCGACGAGCAGCCUGUAAACCUUUUGCGACUCUUAAUUUGGAGUAUCAUCAUCUUAGAACAAGUUAUUGGAA